GGGGAUUAGAACCCACGACCUGUGACUCCCAAGCCCGGGCUCAUUCCCCUGAGCCCACGCUGCUUCUCUCUACAAAGGUGUGGGACGGACGUGAAGAGAAAAAUACGUUGAGAAAAGCAAGUUCGACGUCAAUGCCCUCAGCGAAUAGAUGUUAACCGAAUGGUAGUCAUCCUGUUUGACCCCGCUGUCUUUUUCGACACAUUUGAAAAACAGAGAUUUGGAAAGAUUUGAUAUUCAGCGGUUCCACAGAAACCACGCAAUGUCAAGGAGAGAAAAAAAUCCCUUGGAAAUGUUCCAGUCCGGGCACCUGGUAAAGAUCUGUGCUCCUAUGGUCCGUUAUUCCAAGCUGGCUUUCAGGACACUGGUCCGGAGAUACGACUGUGAUCUGUGUUAUACUCCGAUGAUAAUUGCCGCUGAUUUUGUUAGAUCGGUGAAAGCUAGAGACAGCGAAUUCACCACAAACCAAGGCGAUCGCCCGCUGAUCGUUCAGUUUGCUGCUAAAGACGCGCAACUUUUAGCCGAUGCCGCGACUCUCGUCCGCCCUUACGCUAACGGAAUAGACGUUAACUGUGGUUGCCCUCAGAGGUGGGCGAUGGCAGAAGGUUACGGUGCCUGUUUAAUAAAUAAUCCCGAGCUUGUCCGAGACAUGGUCAGACAAGUAAGGAAUCAAGUGGAGGACGUCACGUUUUCCGUGUCGAUUAAAAUCAGGAUUCACGACGAUCUGACGAGAACCGUAGAUCUCUGUCGAAAGGCCGAGGCCACGGGGGUCUCCUGGAUAACGGUUCACGGAAGAACUGUCGAGGAAAGACACCAACCGGUACAUUAUGACGCGAUUAAAAUAAUUAAGGAAAGCCUCUCCGUACCGGUCGUCGUCAAUGGAGACGUUAAAAGCUUGAGAGAAGCCGAGACGGUUCAGCGAGUGACCGGGACGGACGGUGUCAUGGUGGCCAGAGGUCUCUUGGCCAAUCCGGCCAUGUUUGCCGGGUACGAAGAAACCCCGCUGAAGUGCAUCCGGGACUGGGUCGACGUCUCUCUGGAGCACGGAAGUCCUUUCACGUGUUUUCACCAUCAUUUAAUGUACAUGAUGGAGAGGAUAACCUCCAAGCAGGAGAAGAGGGUGUUCAACGCGCUAUCCAGCACGUCGGCGGUGUUAGAUUACCUCGCGGAUCAUUAUGGCCUGUAGCGGUCCUUCGACGGCCGGGAUAGCGUGUGGUCCCUUCACGCUCGGCGGAAAACCCAAGUUCCCGCAGGAGUGGCCGGCGGAAACACAGGAAACGCACCAGCGAGGGCGGGGAGGCGGAGGUUCCUGAAGAAAAUGGAGCGAGAAGCCGAAAGGGAACGGGCGAAGGAGGUCCACCGGAAGACGGAGGGGCAGACGGAGCCGAGUUCUUAACGUCGCCUGCCCCGCGCCGCGUCCCGGUGCCUCCGCCUCCCCCCAAAUCGCCCUCGCCCCCAAAACGGGGAACUGUGACUGGGAUCCCGACCCCCUGCCCUGCAAGAGAGGGUCCUGGGAUCUAAUCCCCGCUCCGCCACGUGUCUGCCGCGAGGACUCCUCGACCUUCUCUGGGCCUCAGUUCCC